CGCCGAGAAUUCUGUGUCGCAAUUUUGACCAACUUCUGGACUACUUUGGCUAAGCGACUUUGCUGCAACACACCACGCGACGUUUUCGACGGCUUCUGCAAUUACCGUUGAUCAAACAACCUGUUUGACCUCGGACGAAACUGGGAGCGAAUUUGUUGGGAUUGACAGGCGCUUGUCGACCACGCCGGCAGUUGAUUACUUGCAGCGCUUCCGGCCGGCGCUGGCACAUGCGUUGAUUGAACAGCCUCAGCUGCAAAUACCUCUGCUUAGCCCCGUUUGAUCGGGGCCGAAGCCUGCACGAUGGAGACAACACUCUUCCCAAUUCAGGCGCUGCCCACCUGCGUCACGUCGUGUGGUGUCCUCUACGACGUUAACGGAGCCUGCGUCCCACCAAAAGUUUCAACAGCAAAUGUCGAGAUCUACAACAGCUGCUUUUGCAACGAUGCACGUCUUGCUCCUUUCAGGACGGGCGGUGCUGGACCUUGCGACAGCGUCUGCACAGCGAAUGCUGGUGACGCGGGAUCAAUCCAGGGCUGGUUCACAAGCUUUUGCGCUGCUGCGGAUAAUGGUGCUCCGCAAACGACAGGCACAACAUCAACAUCACGGCCGGGCGCUACUGCUGGAAAUGCUAACGCCGGCGGCCAACCGGCAUCCUGGAUUGACAACCACUAUCAAUGGGUCAUCUUCCUUGUCAUCAUGAUCGUGGCCAUCGUAGGGAUCUGGGUCGGCGCUUGCAUCUGGCGACGACGCUAUCUCCGCAAGAAGGACCGGCGCUACGCUCUCGGAACGAACCUCGCCCGCGCAACCGAGUCUGGCCGCGUGGUGCCCAAUACAAGCAGCGCGGGAUCAAUACACGUCCCUGCGGCGGGCAUGUUCAACCCCGCGCCCAUCAGCUCUGCUGGUGUAUACGAGGAGAAGCCGAAGAAGAAAUGGGGUCGAAAAUAAGGCUAACCGGCACUCUUGCCAUCGACCCCACAACGAGAAAGGCGUAUUUCUUUUCAACGAUACAGACGUUCCUAUAGACGCCGUAUAUAUGCUCCCGCUGUUUCGUUGUUUUCAUUGGGCCCACGGAGGAUCACGGUAACCCGUCACCUCUUCUCUCUUUGCUUAUUCACAUGCAUGAUGCACACUUCCAUUCUUACCGGGGCAUUCAACGGUACAGUGUAAUGUGCUGGAAUUAUUUUUUGCUUUCCCGUUGUUGGAAGAUCCGACGUAGGGAUCAUGGGAGAUGAUGGGCCCCGGCGUUAAAGGGCAACGGUGAUUUUUGAUCCAGGGUUGGAGUUGUUGAGGCGGGUUCCGCGGGCUGGUUCACAGGCAUGGCUU